AUGAUAAAUAGACAACUAAUACGAAGUAGGAUACUACUACCGACAUUAAAAAGGUCAUAUAGUCUACCUCAUCAAAACACACAACCACAACCAAAACCAUCAGCUUUUGAUUUUGACUUCAUUACCGAAGAAGAUAGAUCCACGAAAGAUAUAGUUAAAAAAUAUUUAUCACCAGAACAAGUUAAAAUAAUAUCAAAAGAUGAUUCAGUAGAGGAAUACGAAGAAAGAUCACCUUUUAGAAACUCAGAUGGAACGCCAAUAAAGGGGGAUAAUGCAUUAGAAGCAAGAUUAAGUGAUACCGCUUUAAAAGGAAGAGUGGAUCAUUCAGUUACUGUUUUACCAGAUCAAAUCUCAAAAGUUAUACAGAAUAACAUAUUAAGUACUACAAUUCCUGCAAAAUUAAGAGAAAGAGUAGUAACUUUGUAUCAAAAUUUUCAAAAGAAUCAAAUCCAACAAGCUCCAUCAAGUGAAUUGGAUUGUAAUGCGCAUAUUGCAGGUUUUUUUUUACAAGAUUAUAGUCAUAUAAGACAAGUCUUAUUAGAAUUACAAAAGAGGAUAGGUAAGGAAAAUUUUGAUCCUAAAAAAGUUUUAGAUAUUGGAUAUGGGCCAGCUACUGGUAUUGUUGCAUUAAAUGAAAUUAUGGGUGAUAAUUGGAAACCUGAAGAGAAAGAUGCAUACAUAAUAGGUCGAAAAAAUAACGAAAUGAAGAAAAGAGCUAAAAUUAUAUUAUCAAGGCAAGUCAAUGAAAAUGUAAAACUUGGAAGUGAAGAAGAAGUAGCUCAAGAGCCUCAACCACAACAAGUCAGCACAGAUCAAGAUUAUGUUGGACCAAUAGACUCCAAAAAAAUUCAAAUAUAUACAAAAUUAAGAGAUACAAUACCAGUCACUAAGAAAUAUGACUUAAUAAUAGUAAGUAACUCAUUAUUAACAAAAGAAUAUAAUUUCCCGAAAGAUGUUGAUGACAACAUUAAAUUAAUCUUAAGAUUAUUAUCACCCAAUGGUCAUUUAAUUCUAGUUGAAAGAGGUAAUUCAGUAGGAUUUGAAACUAUAGCAAGAGCAAGACAAGUAAUGAUUAGACCAGAAAGAUUCCCUCUGGAGUUAGGUAAAAUUCCAAGACCUUAUAUCUUGGGUUCAAGUGGUAAACCUCAACAUUUGAAAAAAGAAGAUAGUAUGAUCACUGAUGAAGAUAUUGAAUUUGAAAAAGAUAUGUUGGCUCAAUUAGAUGCUGAAGAAGCUCGGGAAUUGGGGGAGAACUUAGAAGAAGAAUUGGAUUUAAAAUUUGGUAAAGUAUCUGAAGAUGAUUUAGAGUUUGAUGAAGAAAAUUCUGAAGAUUUUGAAUUUUAUGAAGAUGAAUCAAUGAUUAUACCAGAACAUGAAAAAAUUGAUUAUCACCUCAAAAUAUUAGCACCUUGUCCAAAUCAUAGAAAAUGUCCUUUACAAUUAGGUGAUCCAAAAUAUUAUAAAAUUCCAUCACAUAAACAUAGAUUAAAUUUUUGUACAUUUUCUAAAAUUGUUGAAAGACCUAACUAUACAAUGGAAUUGAAAAAGGGUAAAAAAUUAGCUGUGAAAUGGGAUAAAACAUCAAUUGAUGGGAUUGGAUCGAUAAAUCGUAAUGAAUUGAAAAAAUUAGGUGGGAAAGGAAGACCGGGUGGUAGAGAUACUGAAGAUGGGUCAUAUUCUUAUUUAAUUGUUGAAAGAAGUAACAAUGAUCAAUCAACUAUAGAAGAGAUUAAUAAUUUAAGAGAUUUUAACAUAAGUGAUAACUCACCAAUGGAUUCAAAUGAUAUUAAUAAUUGGCCAAGGAUAAUUAAAGUACCUGAAAAAUUGAAAAAAAAUGUAAAACUAACUGUAUGUUCACCUCAAGGAAAUAUAGAAACUUGGCAAAUCCCAAAAUCUUUAGGUAAACAAGAAUAUCAUGAUGCUAGAAAAAUUCAAUUAGGUGAUUUAUGGGGGUUAGAUAAGAAAAUAUCAACAAUAAAACAACCAUUAUCAAAAGAAUCCAAAAAUAGAUUAGAUUCAUUAUAUAAAACUCAAAAAAAGACUUUUAAAAAGGAACAACAACGUAAAAUUUGGAAAAAGAAAAUAUCAGUUAAUCAAGAUGAAUUUGAUGAUGGAUUUUUAGCAACUGAAAUAAUGGCUGAUCAAAUUGAAAAUAAAAGGUCUUAUAAAAAUAAAGGAAAGAAAUUGGAUAUUAAUCCAGAAAUUUAUGAAGGUAAAUAG